UUUAACUCUGAAAAUGUCUAUUGAAGAGAAGAGUCAAAGUAUUCUUAAUUCCUUCAUACUUAACUCCUUUGCUGGCUCUAUUGGAGGAAUUGCUCAAGUGCUGUGAGGUCAGCCAUUUGAUAUUGUCAAAGUAAGAAUGCAGAAUCAAUCUUCAGCAAAUCCUUUGUAUAAGAACGCAGCAGAUUGAGUAAAAUCUAUUUAUCAUAAAGAGGGGCUCUUAGCUUUUUACAAAGGAACAGUUGCUCCUCUAUCAGGUGUCGCAUUAUGUGUUUCAGUUCAGUUUGGGCUAAAUGAGCUAUUUAAAAAUAUCACUGAACAAUACAAUCAUAAACAUCAUGCUAGUAGCAGCCUAACUUCUCUCCAAUAUUAUAUGUGAGGAGGAUUCGUCGGAUUAGGUAACUGCUUCAUCUCAACACCAGUCGAGCACAUUAGGAUCAGACUCCAAAAUCAAAGGAAAGAAUCUCAUCGGAGAUAUACUGGAUCUUAUGAUGCAUUCAUCAAAAUUAAAAAUGAAUAUGGAAUCAGAGCUCUUUACAAAGGCUUAUCAAGUACGAUGUGCAGAGAUAUCAUUGCAUUCGCGAUCUUCUUCGGAAUUUAUGAGACCUUUAAAAGAAAAUAUACCAAGAAAGAUGAUUCCAAACGUAUCCCUAUUUGAAUGGCAAUCGGCUGUGCCUCAAGUGUUGUUCUUUGGGCAGCAUCCUAUCCUUUUGAUGUGAUCAAGACAAUACACCAAUCUGACUGAUUUGAUAACCCAAAGUUUUUCAAAACUAUGGAAAUAAUCAGACAUAUAUACAAAAAUGAUGGUUUAUAUGGAUUUACCAAAGGAUUUCUCCCAUGUGUAAUUAGAGCUCCAUUUGUAUUUGCAGGUACAAUUCUGGCAUACGAGCUGAGCUUAUCUAUAAUAUCUACAUAUAACUUCACCUAAUUCCAAGUUCAACCUUAAAGAA